AUGUAUGGAAAUAGAUUACAUAAUUUAAUAAAAUCCAAAUAUCAAAUUAUUAAUAAUCAACCUCCACAAUGUGAAACAUAUAUUUUAAAAUGUAAAAAUGGUAACAUUAUAACAUUAGUUGAUGUCUUUUUAAAAUUUAAAAGUACACCAAAAAUGGAAGUUAUUUCAAGGAAUGAAAAUAAAAAUCAUAGUAAAUAUGAUGUUCAUAUAUUAGUUUUAGAAGGUCUUUCAAAAAAAAGUAUUUACCAACAUUUUACAAAAGUGACUAAUUUUUUAAGAACCAGAAGUAAUGUUUUCACGAUUGAUGAUUAUGUUAGUGUAAGUAAUACAACUACAGGAAAUGUCUAUGCAAUGUUUUCAAAUAAAAAUAUUAAUGAUGUUAAAAGUUUUAAACAAAAAAUGUUUUAUCAAAAGGCUGAUUUAAAUUUGUAUGAUUGUAAAAAGUCAUUUUCUGAUAUGGGAUUUAUUGGGGAUAUUUUUCAAAGAAAUAAUUAUGUAACACUUUUAGCAGAAAAUGGAUUUAAUUCUAUAUUUAAAAAUCCUAAUUGUCCAAAUCAAUUUCAACCAAAUUUUAAUCAUACUUCAUUUCCUUAUGGUAAAAUUACCUCAUUUUUGACUAGUACUGAUGAUGAGUAUAAUAGUAUUUAUACUGGUCAAUGUAAAGCAUCAUUUUUUGAUUUAUUAACAUAUAGUCAAGACUUCUACAGACACAAUAGUGAAAGUCCUAAAUUUUCAAUAAAUUGGAUUACUGGACUUCAAAAUAAAAGUACAAAUGGUUUUGAAAGAGCAGAUUUAGCAUUAACAGAAUUUUUUAUUACCAAUUCUGAUAUAUUAGAUAAAAGUUUCUUUUUCCUAUUAACAGAUAGAGGUGAAAUGGUAAAUGAUGAUGAUGAAAAACCAACAAAAACUAUAGAUGAUGUUAAACCAUUUAUGUUAGUAUCAAUUCCAAAACAUUUCAGUAAAACAAAUAAAUUAUAUCAAAAUUUAAAAAACAAUUCUAAAGGAAUUGACAUAUCAUCAUUUGAUAUAUAUGCUACAUUACAUAAUAUAGCUGAACAGAUAGAUUCCACAAAUGUUGAUGGAGAAAUUGAAAUAAAAAAUAAUUAUUUAAAAGGAAAAAGUAUUUUUCAACCAAUAAGUAAACGUUCUUGCUCAAAUUUGAAUAUUAAUCACCAAAAUUGUAUAGAUUCAUAUACAUUUACAACACUUAAAUAUGUACCAGAAGAAAUAUUACAAAUAUUUCAAUACAUUUUUAUAAGAGCAUUAAAUAAUAAGUUAAAAGAAUCAAAACUGGAUAUGUAUUGUUAUAAAUUAACACUAAAACCGAAUAGUCCAUUUAAAAUUUCUUAUAUUUUAAAUGACAAUAAAGACAUUUUUUGGAAAAUAACUGGUACUGUUAAACCUGGAAAUGGAAUAUUUACAUCCAUAUUUGAUGAUGAAUUUAAUUUAUUUGCCGAUGAUAUCAAACGCCUUAAUCCAAUAAAAAGCCAAAAUUUGCCAUGUAUUUCAAGUAGUCGUUAUGCCCCCUACUGUCAAUGUAAUAAAAAACUUUUUUUUAAAAAUAACAAAAAAAGAGGUAAUAAAAGACAUUAUUAA